UUUUUUUUGAAUCCAGGCUGUCCGUCUUUGCCGUCCGCUCUCGCCUCGCUUCGCCUCGCCUGCUUUUCCUCCGCGCUGACGACGGGGUGUGACUGCUGCAGCUCUGCGAAAUUAAUCUCCCAGGGGAAAAAAAAAGAACAACCACCACCAACUCAACAUGGCCAGCAGAGGAACCGUCAAACCCAGCGGCAACUUCAACGCCAACGCCGACGCCGAGGUUCUGUACAAGGCCAUGAAAGGCCUGGGCACCGACGAGGACGCCAUCCUGCAGCUGCUGACAUCCCGCAGCAACGCCCAGCGGCAGCAGAUCGUGACCGUCUACAAGACGCUCUACGGAAAGGAUCUGAUACAAGACCUGAAGGGGGAGCUUGGGGGUAAAUUUGAGACCCUCAUCGUGGCCCUGAUGACCGCGCCCCUCGCCUACGAUGUCACGUUACUCCGCAACGCCAUCAAGGGGGCGGGCACCGACGAGAAGGUGCUGGUGGAGAUCCUGGCCUCCAGGACCCCUCAUCAGGUGAAGGACAUCGUAGCUGCCUACAGACAAGAGUACGACGACGACCUGGAGGAGGACGUGUCAGGCGACACCUCGGGUCACUUCAAACGGCUCCUGGUCAUCCUGCUCCAGGCCAGCAGGCAGAGCGGCAUCCAGCAGGCAAACAUCCAGGCUGAUGCCGAGGUCCUGUUCAAGGCCGGCGAGAACAAGUUCGGCACCGACGAGCAGACGUUUGUCACGAUCCUGGGAAACCGCAGCGCCGAGCACCUCAGAAAAGUGUUUGACGCCUACAUGAAGCUGUCGGGCUACGAGAUGGAGGAGAGCAUCAGGAGGGAGACUUCCGGAAGCCUCAGAGAGCUGCUGCUCGCCGUCGUGAAAUGUGCCAGGAGCGUCCCGGCCUACUUUGCUGAGACUCUCUACUACGCAAUGAAGGGUGCCGGAACCGACGACAACACCUUGAUCCGAGUGAUGGCCAGUCGCAGCGAGGUGGACCUGCUGGACAUCCGUUCUGAGUUCAGGAGGAUGUUUGCCUGCUCUCUCCACUCCAUGAUCCGGGGCGACACGAGCGGCGACUACCGCAAGGCUUUACUCCUCCUCUGCGGCGGCGACGACGCGUAACCACGGCAACGGGGACCAAGCCGACCCCCUCCUCCGGCGAGAUCGGGGCGACGGCCGAAGACACCGCGGAAACGCGUCGCCGACGGACGAGCCGUCGGGUGCUUUUUAAAACUCAGAUAACCGUUCCCACGAAAGGGAGCUAACGUUUCGCUUUCACGUCCAAACUGGUUUCUAACCGACGGGCCGCUAAUUCUACCGACCAUCCCAUUUCCGUGUUUGCACUUGUUUGACACUUGACUCGAUAAUAAACUUUUCCUUUCAUGAAGUACAAUCAAA